UUCUAAAAGAGAAAAAGAGAGAUCAAAUUAAUUUAAACCAUGGUUUUCUCGUCUGUUCCACCCUAUCUUGAUCACCACAAUUGGCAUAUCCAGCUGCAACAAUCAAGCCAUCAAGAAGCAAGAGUUGGUGGUGGCGAAAACCCUAAUCUCCCACCACCACCUCCUCCUCCACAACCCGGUGGUGGAGGUGGAGGUGGUGGUGGGGGUGGAGAAGGUUCUAUUAGACCAGGAUCUAUGGUAGAUCGAGCAAGGAUGGCCAAGCUACCCAUGCCAGAGCCAGGAUUAAACUGCCCACGAUGUGAUUCCACCAACACCAAGUUUUGCUACUACAACAACUAUAGCCUCACGCAGCCUCGACACUUUUGCAAGACUUGCAGGCGUUAUUGGACCCGAGGUGGUGCUCUAAGAAAUGUUCCAGUUGGGGGAGGUUGUCGGAGGAAUAAAAGGAAUAACAAAAACAGAAGCUCAAAAUCUCCAAGCCAAACCGGACCUAAAUCUGUAAGUGAAAGUCCAUCAAGGUGUAGCACGGAGACUAUGGCAACUACUCAUCUUCCUCAUCCUCCCUCUCUUCAAUUGCCAUUCAUGAGCUCACUGGGUCAAUAUGGAGGUGUUGGGGGCAAUAUUAGCUCAAAUCUUGGUGGAUUUCAGCCUCAAAAUGAAAUGGGUAAUUUUCAAUUAGGAAGUGGGAGCUCAACUGGGAAUAAUUUCAACAAUAUUUUAUCAAUUGGAGGGGUUGAAAAUUGGAGAUUGCCUUUCUUGGCUGGAUUUGAGGUACCCAGUAACACUAAUCUAUUUCACUAUCAAAGUGAAGGUGCAGCUGAAGCACCACCAUUGUCGAUGGUAGGAGGAGACAUGCGAUUACCAAACUCUGGGUUUGAUAGUACUCAUGAGGUAGAUCCUCCAGUGAAGAUGGAAGACAACCGAAGCUUAAAUUUAUCAAGGCAGUUUCUUGGUGCUUCAGAAACUUCUAAUCAACAACCAUGGGGGGGAAAUGCAUGGGCCGAAUUUUCUGGUGUCAACAGUACUUCUAGUACUCCUACUACACAUUUCUUAUAAUCUAGUUCGAAUUUUCAUGGAGGAGGGGAGGAGGAGAUUUCUUCUCUCAUCCAACUAUGUGUUUCUAGUAUGAUUCAGCUCAAAGUUGCAUGUAGCAGUCUUAUAAGGGAAGUACUGAACUGAACUUGGAUCAUUCAAACCCUAGGUAGCUAGAAAGGAUGUAAUAUGGACUCCAGGUCAACUAAUUAAGGGUUCAACAUAUCAAAGUUUGAUCCUUUGCCAAAGAAGGAGAACUAAAUGGUAGGUUUACUUUGUAUGUUGAGUUUAAUUUUACAGCAUUAUAUGAUGUUUGUUAAUCUUAUUAAUGUGUUUGAGAGUUC